GAGCCACUCGCUCCGUGGCUCACCACACUGGCACGCGCGCGCUCCUGGACCCUCGACUCACCACGUGCGUCAGCGGCUCCGCGCAAGGGCCACAUCUCUCCAUGGCGACGGCGAUCUCGCUCCCGUGCACGCCGGUGAUCACUCCCCGCGCGUGCAACUGCAACCCCCGCCGGCUUGUCCACGUGUCGGCGGCGCGCGGCUCUCGCACGCGCGGAGGCGGGCGCGUCGGUCUCCGCUCCCCGACGGUCCCCGCCGCAGCGGGAGCCUCGGCCUCCUCCCCCGGCUUGGCUUCAGACACCGGUGGCGCGCCCGCGUGGGACGCUCUUGGCGGCGUCUCCGUCGUCGCCGCGGGAACAGGCAACGCUGUGGCGCUGACGGACCUAUGGGACUCCACCGAGGGGGUGGCCGUGGUUGCGCUGCUGAGGCAUUUCGGGUGCUUCUGCUGCUGGGAGCUGGCCUCUGUUCUCAAGGACUCCAUAGCGAAGUUCGACUCGGCGGGGGCUAAACUGAUCGCCAUCGGCGUCGGAACACCAGAGAAAGCUCGCAUUCUCGCCGACCGGCUGCCAUUUCCUCUGGACUCCUUGUACGCAGAUCCCGAGCGCAAGGCUUACAACGUGCUUGGACUGUACCAUGGUUUGGGUCGGACGUUGUUCAACCCAGCUAGUGCAAAGAUAUAUUCAAGGCUCGACUACAUCAAGGAGGCGACCAAGAACUACACGCUGGAAGCCACGCCCGCCGACCUCACCGGCGUCCUGCAGCAGGGUGGAAUGUUCGUGUUCAGAGGGAAGGAGUUGCUAUACUCAUGGAGAGACGAAGGCACCGGCGAUCAUGCUCCUCUGGACGACGUGCUCAGCGCCUGCCGCAAAAUUCCAGUCGUUUGACCUGUAUUGUCAUCCGGACUCUGCCUGUGUCUGACUGUCUGUGUAUAUGUAUGUGCCCGAUAGGCUGAUGCUAUAGCUAGACUGAAACCCUGGUUUCGUUCAUCCAUCAAAUGCAGUAUUGCCGCUAUUCCAGGGAAUCGAAACAGAUACUGUAUAUACUAGAAUCAAAUCGAGUUGAGAAUUGAGAAGCGAAUAGAGAAAUACGUCUCCUUGCACCAA